GUCACAAGGAGAAAAAACAAUACAUGCUUGUGUACGAAUAAGAUGUGCGCAAAAAUUAAAUGCACUGUAACUCAUAAUGAUACGGAUUGUGCUCGGUUGACAGUAACUUGCAAGAUGAAAAUAAUUAACGCAAAUGAUGACGAUUGUUUCACCUAUCAUACUGACAAUUUAACAGAUCAACACAUACAUAUCCUGGAGAAAAACACUUGUAUAAAGCAUGGGAAGAAGGAAUAUGAAGUCAAAGAUAUCCAUUUGAGCAUUACUAAUUUUUCAGAUACUCAAACAGAUGCCAUUUUAAAUUUCGAAGAAAAAAACAACUCUAUAAUUCUACGUGAAUUAAAAGAUGCAGUGAGUGAUCUGCUAAUUUCCACUAAACUUCAUCGUUCUGUGGUUGUUAUAAGUGAAGAAUCGUCGGUGUAUCUUUGUGUUAAUGGGAUUCACAAAAAGAUAUGCAUCAUCGCCAAAUGUAUAGAAAAAGAAAACUGUUUCAAAAAUAAUGAGACAAAAAGCAACGGUACCAAAGACAUGCAGUUUUCGUUAACAGAUAUUUGGAAGCAAUGGAAAGGUGAAGUACAAAUGUCCAUUAAUCAAUAAAAAUACUGACAAGUAUGUAGAGUUAAACUUCGGUAUCUUAAACACCAAUAUCUCGAAUACUAUGGAAAUCUCAAGGUACAUCUGUGGUGCCGGUGUAAUGAAGAAUAAUGACCCCCGUAGAAUAAUGACCGGGGUCAUUUUUCGACGUAGAAUAAUAACCCCCCUAGCUGAAGAAUAAUUGGAUUUUUCUGAAGAAAAAAGACCCAGGGGUUAUUUUUCUUCAUGUCAAACAUGAAUAAAAAUGACCCCAUAGAAAAAUGACCCCCCCCCCCCCCUACACAUGAAUAGAAAUUCGUUACACCGUAUCCAAGAUAUGACUUUGAAAUUUACUUAAUUUUUCACUCUGUUCAACUGAUUUUGAAGUUAUAAACACCGAAUUUGUAAAUAAAUCGCUGUAUACAGUUUUUUAUAUCCGUAGCAGGCACACACAAAACACUCUUAUAUUGCCACAAAUUGAUUGUUAACAGUUACGUCACUUCUCUUAUCGACAUACGGCGGGAAAUGACGCUAAGAAAGACAGAUUCAUACACAAUGAGGAUAUUGUGUGAUAAUUAACGAACAAUAAUCAUGAAAAAAUAAUUGUUAUCAUAAUAUAAGGAAUAUUCACUGGCGAAUGAAUUGUCAAUCUUAGAAUGAUACAUGUAUAGAUCUUUAUGGAAAAAGACUAACGGGACAAGUUACAAUUGUACGUAGGAAUAUGAAUUCUUCUUAUUUACAUUUCUUGAGGAAAGUGAUUUUUUAAAAAUCAUUUUGUGUUAGUUUUG